GCAGGUGCCAGCCGAACGGACCUCGCCGUCUCGCCGCGCGGCGUCCGGCGAGCAGGAGCAGCCACCGUGCAAGCAGUUCCCUUGGUCGCGCCGCACCGUAGCGAUCCAGGGCGUGAGCUCGCCAGUCAGGCUCAGGCAGCCACGACGAGCAGGUCCCCACGAUGGGAUCCGGUCAUUCCGGGAACCACGGAAAGGCGGUAGAGCGGAAGGCGCGCUCCUCUAACUCUGUGAGACUGUGACCAAGUUGUUCGUGGAAAUGCUGGGAAGCGUCCCGUCUCUUCUCCGGUAACGGAUCGGCGUCGGCGUCGGCACGGCACCUGGAGAGGUUGAGCGGGACGUGUCAGCCAGCUGUCAGGCGUUGACUCCUCUUGCCAUCGCCGCAGAGCUCCUUCUCCAUGGAAAUCGAGGAAAGGGAAGAUUUUCUGUCAUGUCUUUCCGCUGUCUGUUGCGGGCCCAACUAUCUGAUCCUGAAGAUUUUGUGGGGGUUUUCCGGCGGUGUUCAUCACAAUCAUCCGUGUGCGUGCAGGGCGAGCACAAGGUGUUCGUGGAAAUGCCACGCAGGCUUGGUUCAGAAAGGACAGUUCAUGCAGCAAGGAUCAAAGACAAGGUCUCUCAGGUAUCAAACAUCCAAGUUGCAUUGCAUGUAAGAUAUUCAGGUAAUUGUACCAUCAUUGAAUGAGUCAAAACACACUCACUUUCGAGUGCAGUGUCACUCACACUCCCACCGCGGAUGUAUCCAUGGUUUGUAUACUAGUUCCGAAAGGGUCACCGUAGUAGUAUGGAAGUUGGAAAAUCUUGCCCAUGUGGGACCUGUUGCCGACAACUGCUGCUACGCGUAUGACCACUCUACUUACCUGUCCAUGACUGGUGUACAUGACGACAUUAUUGCUUUUCUCUGUCUUUCACGGGACUAGCCACCAUUAGACAAUGGUUGUUGCCAUCUACCUUGCUUCGUCAGAGCUUGUUUCAUCUACCUACCUAGUUCGCCAGAGCUUUUUGCAAAAAGAUUGUUCUUGUUCUAUUUGGAUGAUAACUCUGUAGCAGAAGCAACCAGUAAAGCCGAGAGAAAAUGGACAUCGCAAAGCUUGCAGGGGUUGAUACCGUCAAGCUUGUCAUCAUGAUUGUGCAGGCAGCUCAGACUGUUCGCCAUAACAAGAAGACCUGCCAGCAGCUUGUCCACCAUGUGCAGAUAAUCGGUGACCUCCUGAAAAAGCUGCAGACUCCAGAGAUGAUGGAACAUCCAGAGACUAGGAACGGUCUUAACAAUCUUGAAGAGAUUCUUCGUGAGGCUUACAUGCUUGUCACAUCCUGCCAAAACAACAACUAUGUAUACCACCUCUUCACAGGGAAGAAGCAGGCAGAUCAGUUCCGUAUUCUGCAGAAUAGGAUGAACUCGUGUCUCCAAGUUUUCCCACUCAUCAGCCACAUCGACACCACAGACCGGUUGGACAAAAUUCUUGAAAUCAUACGGCCUCCAUGCUCACAGGUUGUAAGAGAUGUGCCAAGACUGCUUGCAGGUUGCUCGUCUUGUGACACCAGUGGCAGGACUGAAGUGUACGGUCAAGUUAAAAGGUGCUCCCUCCAAUUGAAUUGCGCAGAGGCACUUAAGUUCAGUUUGUCCCAGUUGGUUGAUGCUACAAACAAUUUCUCUGACAGGAAUCUAAUUGGCAAAGGUAGCUUUGGCUGUGUUUACAAGGGUCAACUACAUGAUGGACUUGAGGUUGCUGUCAAAAGAUGUUUCGAGUUACCUUCUUCACCUAAUCAACUGGAUGUCCAAGAUUAUGAAUUUCAAAAUGAGAUUUGCUUUCUUCCAAGGCUUCAGCAUACCAAUAUAAUUAAGCUUCUGGGUGACACUACGCAGGAAAGAAAGAGGAUUUUGGUCUAUGAAUAUAUGCCAAAUGGAAGCCUUGACUCCUUCAUCUUUGGUGCAAGGACAAGCAGGUUGCAUCUGGACUGGCCUACGCGCUUUCAGAUAAUUAAAGGAAUAGCUGAAGGGAUGCUUUAUCUUCAUAAGCUUUGUGGACUACAUAUUAUACAUGGAGAUUUAAAGCCAAGUAACAUUCUCUUGGAUACCAACAUGAAGCCCAAGAUUUCUGAUUUUGGCUUAUCUAGAACAUAUAAUCCGGGAGUAGAUGAAGAGUUUGCUGACCGCAUAGUGGGCUCAAUUGGUUUUACUGCUCCCGAAUGUCAGGAAAGACGUGUUUUCUCCGUCAAGUCUGAUGUGUAUGGCUUUGGAGCAUUGCUUCUCGAGAUAAUAAGUGGUCACAGGUGCUUUUCUCUUGCAAGUGGAGAAUCUGGAGGUGAUCAUGGAUUUCUGAAUAAGAGGGCGUGGAAGUUAUGGAGAGCAGGCGGAUUGAUUAAGUUUGUCGAUUCUCCCCCAGGCGAUGAAUCUGAAAGGAUGGAGGUACUAAGGUGCAUCCAGAUAGCACUGCUGUGUGUGGAAGAGAACCCUGCAAACCGGCCUACCAUGCAGGAGGUUGUUCUGAUGUUAAGGUGCCACAAAUUUGUGCUUCCUACACCUCAGCAUCCAGCUUACCUCAGGGCUGCUGAAAUGGUGCGCACACAUUCAUAGCAUAUCUGGUUUUGGUAACUUGGGGGAAGCUUGUUACAUGCCAUCCAGGUUCGCUGAAGAGGCAACCAUGGAUGACACUGUACAAAUACCAUAACCUUCAGGGUGAUGCUCGUACUGUAGCAUGGCAACACCCUGAAAUAGAAAAUUUUGGUUAGGGUCUCUGCAGCAUCUGUUUGUUGUUGGCAAUAACCGGUGUGUAUGUACUGUCAGACCAGUUUUGUAUCAGUCAAUAUUGAUGUUUUCACUGCUCUGAUUUCCUGCAAGAGCCUUGGUGGCGCUCCUGGUCGCAGAUCCUGACAGGAAGCUCAUUUUCCCUCAGGCCUUGUUUAGUUUCCAAAUAUCAGGUUCUCUGGUCUGGGAAGCAAGAUUCUUGUUUCUUUGAACAUCUCCAGGUCUCCUGCUGCCUUGGGCCCUGUAAUCUGUUGGUCAUGAAUUGGAUCAGUUUGGAGGUCAUAUCUCUUUUAUA